GACGGGGGACGGCGGGCGGGCGGAGCCGAGCGGCAGUUGAAGGAGACGGGACGAGACGAGACAGCGGGGGGUCGAUCGAUUGAUCGAUCUGAUCUGACGGCCGAGGUGCGAGCGGACGGGACGGGACGGGACGGGACGAGCCGGGCGCGGCGAGUUCUCCAGAAAAAUGAGUUUGAAAUCGGAGCGUAGAGGAAUCCAUGUGGACCAAUCAGAGCUACUAUGUAAGAAAGGUUGUGGUUACUAUGGAAAUCCUGCCUGGCAAGGAUUCUGUUCCAAGUGCUGGAGAGAAGAGUACAGUAAAGCGAGACAGCGACAAAUUCAAGAAGAUUGGGAGCUUGCAGAACGUUUACAGCGGGAGGAAGAAGCUGCAUACGCUAGCAGUCAGGGGGCUCCGUCGCUAACUUUCUCUAAGUUUGAGGAGAAAAAAACAAAUGAGACUAAAAGGAAAGUCCAGACUGUCAAAAAGUUCUUCAGCCCCUCAUCCAGGGCUGCACCAAAAAAAGUGUUUGCUGCCAAAUGGCAAGCAGACAGCCAGGAAGUCAAAGCCUCAAGUCCCUCCAUAAAUAGGCAGGCCAGCCUUGAGACAGAACGAGCUACCAAGGAAUUUAUUGACUUCCUCAAGGUCUUCCGCAGGCCUGGGCAAGAUAUACUGAAACAAUGUAGGGGAUUUAUUGAAGCUAUGCAGCAUAAAAAGGAAUUGAAUAUUGAGGAGCAGUCGGAGUGUGUCCAGGACUUCUAUCAAAACAUGGUCGACCGAUUGCAGUCACACUCCAGUUUUAAAGGUUCUCCUGAAGGGAUAGAAAAGAUCAUGGACCAGAUUGAAAAGUAUAUCAUGACACGACUCUACAAAACUGUGUUUUGCCCAGAGACUACUGACGACGAGAAGAAAGAUCUUGCCGUUCAGAAACGAAUUCGGGCAUUGCAUUGGGUGACACUUGAAAUGCUGUGUGUUCCAGUAAAUGAGGAAAUCCAUGAAGUUUACGAAUUAGUUGUCAGAGCAAUCACUGCUGUAAUUGAAAUGGAUUCGAGGCGUGUUCCACGUGAAAAGUUGACCUGCAUCACUAAAUGCAGCAAACAGAUUUUCAAUGCCAUAAAGAUUACAAAGAAUGAACCUGCUUCUGCAGAUGACUUCCUACCCACACUAAUCUACAUCGUGUUAAAGGCGAAUCCUCCUCGAUUACAGUCAAACAUUCAGUAUAUUACACGAUUCUGCAAUCCAAGCCGACUGAUGACUGGUGAAGAUGGGUAUUACUUCACUAAUUUAUGUUGUGCAGUUGCCUUCAUUGAAAAGCUGGAUGCUCAGUCUUUGAAUUUAACAGAAGAAGAUUUUGAUCGUUACAUGUCUGGCCAAUCAUCACCUAAGAAGCAUGACUCUGAGGAAUGGUCCCCUGAAGAGUGCGCAGGAAUGAAACAAAUGUACAAGAACUUAAAUCUUAUUUCACAGCUGAAUGAUAGGCAGCAAAGAAUAAUUUCAACGGCCAAGCAGCUUGAAAAAGACUUAAUUGACUGGAGCGAAGGUGUGACCAAAGAGGUUGAAGAUAUUAUUGAGAAAUACCCACUUGAUAUCAAACCCAAGGGCCAGUCAGUGGUGGCAAUUGAUUCUGACAAUGUAGAGAACGACAAGCUUCCGCCACCAAUCCAGCCGCAGAUGUUUCUUGGCUGAAAGAAUUAAAACUCUUAAAGACGAGCAAACUCUGUGUUAAGGUUUGUUCAUUUGUAAACUACAUAUCGGCUGAGAAUUUGGAACUUAAAUGUCUUUCUAUGUCAAUGCUUGAGCUGUUUUUUUUACAAAAUACUGUAGUUCCAAAAAUUGUAAUCGGUACUUUUGAAGUAAAAUAUGAACGGAAAAUGCUGCAAACAUGCAGCCAGUCAGAUAGCACCCGUGGAGUUUGCAACUUGUACUACUUACUAGCUGAACAUUUUCAGCACCGUGUUAUUCCUAAUACCCAGUUACUGGAGUAUUUAGUUUGUUCCUUCUUUUAAAACUAGAAACUAUGUUUUAUACUUUUGAUGUUCUCUGCAACAUUAUUUUCUUAAUGCCUUCAUUGAGAAUAAUUAUAUUCAGGGAUUCUUGUUUAAAGUAUCUGAAGAAGUGAAAUUCUGUUUAAUAAUGUGGUUGAGAUUUUCACCAGAUUUUCAGUGCUCUCACAGUUUAUAGAUUGUAAUUAUAUAUUAAAAACCAGUAGCAUUACUAUUUUGGCUGUCUUAUCUUGGACAUAGAUUUGUUACAAGAUUUUACCCAUUGCAGUAUAGAUGAAUUUUUAUUUUAUCCAUUACGGCUUAGAUAGAUAAUUUGGUCAUACAGGUUUCCCAGAGCACCAUCAAAACUUUAAAGGAGUAAUGACAACGUUUUUAGGAGUUCAUUAUUCCCCUCUAGUAUUAAAUAAUUAAAACUGAAUUAUCACAUUGGCCAAAUGCCCUUUUACCUUCCUCUAUUUUUAAAAUUUAAGCAAUGAUACGGAUGACUUGGUGAGAGGUUAUUCCGAUGUGACCCGGUAGAACCACUUUGUAAAUCUUAUACUUGUAGUUAGGUAUUCAGUUAGUAAAUCGGCCAUCUGCAACUAUUUAUCCUCAAUGUGGCUGAAAGAGAUUGAAAUUCAAACAACAAUCAGAUCUUGACAAAAUAUAUGCUAUUAUUUUAACUUUGAAUAUGCCCUAACUAUUUUUGGUUGCUAAAUUCUUUUAAUUACAUAACCUUUUUCAUUAUUUGGAAAACUGAUUUAAAUCGUCCGAAUGCUUGUGUGUACUUGUUUUUUUAACCCCAGCUCAAAUAUUUGAAGAAGGAAGCACACACUUACUGUAUGUGUUAACACACUUAACUGUUUAACACACUUAAUGUUAAUGGCACCUGCUAUUUACCAUUCAGAAUGUCUUGCAUUCAAAUGUAAAAUAGAUGGGCAGCUAAUGAAUUGUUCCAUCACAUUAGUUUUAUGACUCUACAAUUAACGACUUAACAAGAACUAUUCUGUGAUUGCAUCUCUACUGGCAGUGGUUAAGCUAGAUUUGCAUUACAUAAAUAGGGUGAUUCCUUUGGCAGUUCGAAACUUCAUUUGCUCGAAGGGUAUAAAACGCAUCAUUUAAAUAUGUCCUUCUAUUUUCUUUUCCAGUCUUGAGUUGAGUUGGUUGCUGUAACUUGAAGUAGUUUAGAACUUGAAAGUUGGCUUCAGUACUCUGCCCAAAGGAGGCAACACGCCAACCAAUUUUCAAACUAUUGAUAAGUGUAUUUGUGACUAUCUGGCUCCCUUUGCUGACAAAUAACAUGUGGAUUCUUAAAGCACACAAACUUGCCACCUUUGUGAAGUACUAUAGAUUUGUACACUUGAAUUUGUGACAGUUAUAAUUGUUCACAACACUUCAUCUAACUUUCAUGUACUGGUUAUUUGUACAUUUUAUUAAAAUUCCUUCCUGAGUUUCUUGUCUGCCUUGUCAAGCAUGCAGAUAAUACUCUUGUCAAAAACCAAAGCAACCUUGUCUAUUUUCUUUCCUCCUUCAGAGAAAUCAGUGUAGCUGUACAAACAUUUAAAAGAAAGAGAAUACAUAUUCAUUUUGUAUUUAAGAUGUGCUUUUUGUGAAUCCUUGUAAAGUAGGUUAAGCACUAUUGUAUGCAAUUGCACUAAUUAGUGCACUGUGUUAUGUUAGUGAGUGCACAAAAUCGCUUAAUGCAAUGAGUCCAUUCUUCCUGUUAAAAGUCAUACAUAAACAAAUAAGAUGUUUUUUAAAUGUUGCAGGAAAUAAGAACUGCUGUGAAAACAAACUACAGUGCCCUCCAUAAUGUUUGGGGCAAAGACCCGUCAUUUAUUUA